AACUUUUUAAGUUAUUUUUACGUUUUUAGACAACAAAGAAAUACUCGGUUAAAUUUAAAUGCAUAAAAAUAUAUUUUCUGCAUCGAGUAAUUGUUAAUUGCAUAAAUUCUACUUUAUCGUUGGUAGAUAGUUCCAUUGUCCGUUCAAUCACACAUUUUAUUUUUAUUUUCAUUUUUAUUUUUAUAUUAAAGACAACGGAGAAAAGUCCUUGAUGAACAGUCACUAAUAAUAUCAGAUCCUUUAUAUCGCGCAAUCAUUUUUAUUUCAAUUAAUUAAUUAAUUAAUAAAUGAAAUUGAAUUGAUGUGAUGAAUGAGAGUCAAGGUCUUUUUCGUAAUUAAUUAAAUGAUAAAUAAUUAUCAAGUUUAAAUUAGUAUGAUAUUUUAGUGUAAUAAAUUUUAAUAUUAAUAAUUAAUAAAGCAUGGGGGAUUUAAAAUCCAUCGAAUAAAUUUUUUUCCGGUUGAUAAAACCCAGAGCUCAGAGCCCAGAGAGUCUUUCCGGUAAAUUAAAUUCUUAAGUAUCAUAACAUGAUAUAUUAGUAGACGUGAUCUAGACCAGCAAUAGUAGCAGUAACAGCAGUUAUAUGAGAACCAGGAGAAUGAGGGAACCAAGGGAAGAGUUAAGCAAGGGCAGGUCAGAUCUGAUAUCAGUAAACUCUGAACUGCUGUGAACUCCUCUGAACUGUUCAACACAGUACAUAAUAUAAUGUCAGAGUGUGGGAGUUACUCUCCAGUGCAGUGUCAGCUAUUUAAAUGCAACCAACGGACACACAUCAAAGUAACCAACUUACCAGCUAACAUAUAUUAUAACUUAUAAUAGAUGAGUAGUUUAGUUGUUCUACCAGGUCUUAAUGUACUGAAUAGAUCUCCUGGUUAACUAUUUAGUUUCCUCAAUUAAACAGAUAGUUAGUUAUAUGUAAUAUGUAACAUGUAAUAUGUAUUAUCUGCGCACUGAUGGACACUAUCAAUAGAGAUUUAGGACUUUGGAUCACCGAGUUAACUUUACCAAAAUCCAUCCAACUACAACUAUAAACUUGUAACGAUAGAUUUAAACAAAAGCUCAACGACGAUUAUCCCUAGAGAGAUAAGGAUCCGAUGCUCUGUUUAACAGAAUAUCCAAAUAGUUAAGACAUCUACACUUAUCUCUCUAUAUCUCUAUUGCUAGUUAAAGUGAUGUUCUUGUUUUUGUUGUUAUAUCUAGUGGUAGUUUACGGACUUGUAAUCCACCGAGAUAUACAUCUGCUUUAGACGUCGAUGUUCUACUCAAUCAUUAUAAUCGAGCAGCGUUUAGUGGCUCCACGGUGAUUGUUCACUCAAUAGCUUCUCCAAUUUCUAUUAACCUUUGCUGAAUUCAUCAGACCUCAUCAAACCAUUAUUAUUAGUAUUUAAAUACGAAUCUAAUUUUUUUUUUUUUUUUUUUUCUAAUUGUGCUCUUGUUAAUUAUUUUAUUUAAUACGUCAAGAACCGGAAAAGAGUUGGGGAGAAUGUAAAAAGUAGAGUUGAAAAGGGCGGUGUUGGUAACUGGUAGCUAGUAGCAGGUAGUAUACGUUAAUCUAUUCAAUGAACAAGCUCCAAAAAGUUUUAAUCGUUCAUUUCCGACGAAUAAAGCCGACAAAUUGAAAGCCAAACUAGCAAGUUUGUUACGAAUAGAAUUUGGUUACGGAAAACUUUAGUGGCUCUGUCGAUCUGUCAACAUUCACGAUACUCUUUCUACCUUUAUUCCUUUUAACCUUAUUUUCAACCAUCAUUGUUAUUAUUAUAUUUUCUUCUUCUUCUUCUUAUUCGUCUAGUUGUUGAAUUCAAGACGAAGCUAAAAUUGAGAGAGUUUUGAAACAGUCUUUUGAAUCUUUACAUAUAUAUAUACACGAAUACGAAUACGAAUGACGUAAAUCGAUGUUUGAUCGCGUCUUAACGACUGUUCAGUGACAUUCAACAACAAAAGACUUGAAUUCGCUAAAGUCUUGGCACUUUUUUUUCAUUUUUAAAUUGAACUACUCGUUGAAACUUUUUCUCUCGAUUAUUUGUGCAAAAGUCAUAAAUUAUAAAUUAUCAAUUUAAAAUUGAAUUAUUCAGAUAAAACAAAAUUUAUUAAUUAAAAAUCAGCGAUGUAUAAAAGAAGAAAUAAAGAGAAUAAAAAUAUAAAAUAAUGGUCGAUAACGUUUGACCUGGAGAAGAAAUUUCGACAUGCAUUAUCAUCGAUGCAUAAUCUAGUGGCCGGCUGUUGUUAAUGCCGAGUACGAAUAAUACGAAUGGAUGUGUGGAUGAGAAGUAGAGAGGUCAAAAACGCUGGGAGGCUAUUCGCGAGACAUAUAUAGACCUAUUAUAGAGACGAGGUCACGCUAGUGUAAUGCGAUCCAUCGAAAAGAGGAGGAUGUAGACUCUAGACUGUAGAGUUUGCGUGGAUAUGAAGGGUAAAAGCAAUCUUGACCUACGUAUCUAUGCUAAUAAGAAUAUUAGAGAAUAUUAGGUGAAUCAACUUUAAGCGGGUGUAUGCUAAUAUUUUUAACAACACUCUAUAAAUAUUUAUUCAGAUAAUCAUUGUUACUUUUAAGACAAUAACUAUUAUUAUUUUUUUUUUUUUUUUCUUCUAAAUGCGGGUGCGAUUUAAUUUAAUGAAAAUGAGUGUAAGGUUAACUUAAACACUCUAAGUAAUAAAUUUAUUUGUAGACAAAGGUUUAAUUAAAUUACUGUUUUACCGUUAAAUGGAUGUGCUAUUAAGAAGAAAGAAUAAAAUAAAUACAAAGAGGUUGGUCAUCUUUACUUAGGCCAGACAACCAGCCAACCUGACAGUGAGAGAUUUGAUUGUUACAGUUUCCCGCUUACAAAGGAAUUCCUGAGGCAACACCAAAUCGUCUUUGAUCUUACCUCUAACCACAUAUCAUAUAUAUAUAUAACAUACACGUAUUUGAUCAUUAUGAGAGAGUAGUGUAUGAUAAAUGUACGUUGAUGUGUUAGUCUUGUCAGUGCUUCGAAUACUAUUCUAAUUCAAUUUCAUGUAUUACAAUGAUAAUAAUAAUGGUAAUAUAUAUUUGACGAAACAAUUUUCAUCAGUCAGCACGGCUUUACCACUCGAGGAUAUUAUUGUCUCAAGUCGAAUAAGUUGGGGCGUUUACUUUCUGUCAGACAUAAUAUAUAUCUGACGAGUGUUUACCGAAUUACUACUACGAUAUAUACUAUUCUCUGUAAUAAUGUGUCUAGAGUUUAGUCCUUGAAGUUAAAUUACAAAAUUGCUACAAGGUUCAACUAAAUUAAACUGCGACAACUACAACAGGAGAGAUACAUUAAUAAUUAUUACUUUAUUUUCUAUCGAAUUUCUAUAGAUAUACAUGUAUAUAUUACUGAGAGUGAGAGUACCGUCUGGCGUCUAAUGCCCUCCAGUAAUAGACGAAUGACUAAAAAUAAAUAAUACAAACUGAUGAUUGUUCCUUCCAGUGAAUAUUAUUAAUUAUUUUUAUUAUUAUUAUUGUGGCCUUGCUCCCAAUAUUACCAAUGUUACCGAUGUUACAGUUUAUUGUCGGGUAAGAAAUUAUGAAAGAAUUUAAACCCGGGCGAUUUUAAUAGAAACGAGGGUCAUCAUCAUCAUUGCUCAUCUGUGAAAGAUGAAUAACGCUUGCUCAAGUACAAGCGGUCCUCAUCAGGAAGGAAGAAUCGCCACUCAUUAAAAACAUUCACUUUUGCGCUAUAUGCAAAACAAAAUACUAAUACUAAUACUGAUAGAAAUAUAAAUACAAACACCCGGGAAUAUAAAAGCUGAUUAUUCCAUCAUUUAAAAAUCAAAUUCAAUUGUAUCCUCACAGCAGUAACAUGAAGGUGAUAAUUAUUUUAUCAAUAGCGACGUCUGUCACUUUGGGUAGUUUGGAGCCAGCUGGUUAUAAACCACCACUCGGAUCAAGAUCACCAUCAGGAUACUCGACCACGGGCCAAUCAGAUCGUUAUUUACCACCGUCAUUAUCCUCACAACUAGCGAGUCACCGUAGUAUUUCAAACCAAGGGCUAACACCAGAAUCCCAUUAUCUCCCGACGAGUUACCAAAGUCCAUCUCAAAAUGUAAUACCGAAUUCUCUGUACUUGCCCACAAGUAACAUCAGAUCAUCAUCAUUAUCAUCAUUAUCGACAUUAUCUGGUAUUCCUAACAGUAGUAGUAGCAGUAGUAGUAGUAGUGGUACUUCUGUUGUGGGAGGAAUCCCUUCGUUACAAUACUUACCCAGCCAACCGUCUAUUUCUCGACAAAAUCCUUUCAACAGUAUCCAGAAUCCAGAAAGCAUUACUACCACUAGCACUACUGCUACUGGUGGUAUUACAUCAACCCUGGAUCAUCGUAUUUCAAACUCAUUGGGGAUUCCCAAUACUCCUACAGUGUCCUCUUCACCAACAGUGACAUCUCGGCUACAUACGCUUAACCGAAAUACUGUUGGUAGUGGUACUGCUGUUUCAUCUUCUCAAUAUCUACCACCAUCAAUGUCUCUUGUAUCUACCAGUAAACAUUCUGACAGAUUUAUCCAGUCUGUCCCAAGCUCAAACUAUCUGGCAUCAGCGGUGGUGUCUAAGCAAAAUCAAUAUCACGGAAGAAUCAAUCAACCAUCAUCCACUUCUGCUGUUGCUGUUCCUGGCUCUAUCGGUCUAUCAUCCCCCCCUUCCCCUUCUUCUUCUUCUUCUUCUUCUUCUUCUACUUCUUCUUCUUCGACAUCAUCCGGCAUCAUCUCCAAUAGCUAUUUAACGCCCAACAAGUUAUCUAGCUCAUUGUUGUCACAGAAUAAUCAGUACAUUGGUACUUCUACCGCUAUUAGUGGACAACCAGGACGUCAGUCAAACAUUCUUGUCGGUGGAAACAUAAAUCAACCACCUGGAAAUUACUAUUCCUCUGAUGAAACAUUUUCCGGUUACGAUAAUAAUCAUAAAGCAUUAGCCAACUAUGAAUUUGAAUAUCAUGUUAACGAUGAGUACGGUAAUGACUUUAGUCACAAAGAGACUAAAAAUGAUGAUAAUAAAGUAACCCGUGGUGUUUACACUGUUUUGUUACCGGAUGGACGUAAACAGAUUGUUCACUACACUGCCGAUCAGGAUGGCUUUAAACCAACGAUAACUUAUGAAGAAUCUCCGGCACCUGGUUAUCAAUAUUAGUAAUAACUCAUAUAUUAUAUAUAAUUCAACAGUUAUUAUAAGCCAUAUAUUUUGUUUAUAUAUGUAUAAAU